GUGGUGUUAGUAACUGGCGCAUCGGGUUACAUUGCUUCACAUUGCGUUAAACUGCUCCUUAGUGAAGGCUAUCGAGUUCGAGGAACGGUGGGGCCGAUUCGGCAAUUACAGCAAGAUGACCGUUUGGAGCUUGUAGAAGCUGAUCUAUUGAAGCCAGACGGAUGGGCGAGCGUUGUUUCUGGAUGUCAAUAUAUUCUACAUAUCGCUUCACCUUUUCCUAUUGUUGCUGAUGCUAAAUGUAUUGAUAUUGCUGUUAAUGGGACAUUGAAUGUCCUCAGAGCAGCUUCUAAAGAACCGUCGGUGAAAAAAGUUGUGCUCACCAGCAGCUGCGCUGCUGUCAACGAAGGACAUCCACAGAAUAGAGUUUUUGAUGAGACUUCAUGGACGGAUGUCACCAGUCCCACUGUCGAAUAUUAUGCGAAAAGUAAAACCCUAGCAGAAAAGGCUGCUUGGAAUUUUGUCGAUGGUAUCAAAGACGGGAACAAGUUUGCUCUAACUUGCCUGAAUCCGACAAUGGUGGUUGGACCUUUGCUAAUCGACGAAGAGGGAGCAAGUGUAACGCUCAUUCGGCGUUUUCUAAACACUGAAAUGCCAGCAGUACCUCAGCUGAACCUUGCAUUUGUGGACGUUUUUGACGUUGCCAAGGCUCAUGUUGAGGCUAUGCGUCGUCCAGAAACAGAUGGUGAA